AGCAUGGGGUGGUUUGGGAGCAGCAAAAGCAAUGCGCCCAGCAAGGAUGCGCCUGCGGCAGGUUCAGAGCCGGCAGGCGCGAGGUCGCCCGCUUCCGCGAAGUCGCCCGCCUCCGGCCGCGCUCUGACCUCACUGGGCGGGAGCCCUGGCAGCGAGGCGGGAGGCUUCCGGUGGCCCGAGUUCCCGGCGCAGGUCCCAAAUCCGCGGAAAGCGCGGCAGGUCCUGAUCGUCGGCGCUGACCCGGCUGGGUUGACCCUGGCACUUGCCCUCGCAGCCAAUGGCAUCGCCGUGACGGUGCUGGAGGCCCGGCCCAGCUUGUGUGGCUCGAGCCGCCGCUGCAGCUGGAGUGCCCAGUGUCUGGAGCUUUGGCGCCGCUUGGGCGUGGAGCUGGCGGAGGCGGUGCCGCUGCGGAGGCAACACAUUUGUGUGAAGGAUCCCGCGCAGAAGGCCGUGCUGGUUGUCGAGUCUGACCUGGCAGGCCACAGCGGCAACCUGGGUUCCGCACACCUGCAGCAGUAUCGCCUGGAGUCGCUCCUGCUGGAGGCCCUUGCGAAAGCUGGCGUGCUUCAGGAGGCAGAGCCAGAGGCAGCAGCACCAGAGGCGGUAGCAGCACCAGAAGCGGCAGCGCCAGAGGAGGCAGCGCCAGAGGAGGCAGCGCCGGAAGAGGCAGCGCCCGAAGAGGCGGCAUUGGUGGACAUCCACUGGCAAAUGUCAGUUCAGGAGAUCACCGUCCAGGAUGAGGCUGUGCUGGUGAAGGCCACCUCGCCCGCGGGCAGCGUGGAGCUGCUGGCGCCCUAUGCGGUGCUGUGCUCUGCAGAGGCCAAGGCGGCCGCGCGCCUGGGCUCAGGGCCUGCGGCGUCGGAGGCCUGCUGCAUGAUGAGCGCGGACUUCGAGGUGGAGGAGGAGGCAGAGGCACAGCAACGCUGGACCUUGCCGCGGGAGACUCGAAUGGCAGUGUUGGAGCGCCAGCUGCCCGGGAAGCAGCUGCGAGUGGACGCCCUGUUUCCCGCAGGAUUCGACCUCGCAAAGUUCUCGGUGGAGGAGCUUUGGGCUUCGGUCUCUGCGUCGCCCAAGCCAAAGGUGCUGGCCCUUUGCACGGAGCACAUCUCCUCGUCCGCAGGGCUGAGGGCCCGCACUGGCAGGCUGUUCCUUUGUGGAGACGCCAUGACAAUGCUGAGCCCCUGGAGCGGGGACCUGGGCGUGGAGGAUGCCGCGAACCUGGCCUGGAAGUUGUCACUGGUUCUUCUGCAAGCCGCCCCUCCGGCGCUGCUGGAUACCUAUCAGGCAGAGAGGCAGCAGUGUCACCUGGCGGCCUUGCAGCAGCAGAAGCUAGAGGAGGUGCUGGCGCCCGGGGACGGCACCAGCAAGGAGCCGCGGGACGCGGCCUUGGCCCUGCUUGCGGCGGGGCUCUUGGCCCUGGACCUCGCAGGACCUCGCCCCCAGAUAAGGCGCAGCCCCUUGUUCUGUGCAGAUGAGGCGGUGGGUGCCUGCUUCCAAGGCGCCCCAGAGGUGGGCGAGGCCUUUGCGGACUGUGCCGUGGAGGAUCUCGAGCUCGAGGUGGAGGCCAAAGCAGCGCCUCCGGAGGAAGCCAAGAGCCGCGGUUUCCUGCUUGGCCACCUGGGGCCCUUUUUUACCUUGGUGGUCUUCUGCUUAUCAGUGGAGGACGUGCCGUGGGAAGCUCUGAGGCAGCUGGACAGGUCCAACUUCCAGCUGACCUUGGAGUUGGUGCGGAAGGUGGUGGUUGUGCUGGACGCUUCUUCUUUGGAACGCAUGUCUGAGAGGCAUGUGGAGGCAGUGGCCCGGGCCGCCCGCCUGGGUGCCCGGCUGCUGGCGGACCGAAGCCGCGCCUGCGGCGCCUACGACGCGCGGCCUGGGACCGCGGUGCUGCUGCGCCCAGACUCUCUGGUCGCGGCGCGCUGGCGCCAGCUGGGGGAUGAGCGGGACGUGCAGCGGGCCUUCCUGCGGGCCACCGGGCACCUGCUGCACGUGGUGCCGCGCGUGCCGAGCCCCCGUAGCAGCGCGAGUGGCGACGAGCCCCAGCUCCGCCUGCAGCCGUGGCAGGGCUGCGCCCUGCUGCGGCACCUGCAGAUGCCAGCUCAGCAGGCCGUGGCGGCCCUGAUGCUGCUGGCGAGCUACCUGGGCGAGGCGCCGGUGUUGGAGGCCGUGGAAAUGGCCAAGGCGGCGCUCAAGAAGGACCUGGGCGAAGUGAAACCGCUGAAGCUGAGCCUGCCCGCAAAAGAGCCAGGUCCUGUGCCUCCUGCAGAUGUCUUGAGCGUCGUCAAGAGCUUGGCGGAGGAGGGCGCUGGGCUGGUGCCGCUGGAGCUGGCGGUGGACACCAUGCAUAAGAUGCUGAAACAGGAGCCGGAGAUCUUAGCAUCUAUGGCGCCUGAGCAAGGUGUGGAGGAGCUGCGGGAGCUGCUGGCCAAGCAGCUGACGGAAGCGGAAGGACAGGAGGUGCUGGCGUCGCAGGUCAUGGUGGCGGACGGCGCCAAAGCGCUGGAGGCUCUGCUGUGGGAGCUCGAUGAGGCAGCCAGGCGCACGCCGCAGGAACCAAGAGAGGUGCUGGUGGUGGGCUGCUGCCCUGAGCAGUGGAGCACCGCAUUGGACGCCUGGCAGGUGAGGCACUACUUCCCCAGCGGGGAGUGCUUUGAGGUGGUGGCCGCUGAUGUGGCGGCCCACGUCACGGGGCGCACGGUGGCGGUGCUCCUGCCGCUCUACGGCCUCGCCACCGGCGUGCCGCUGACCCAGGCGGAGCUGGCGCGCCUGGGCCACUUUGUGGACUUCGAGGCGGCCCGGCGCCGGAGCUCGGGCGGUUCUUUGCCUUUGGCGCUGCUGGUGGACGUGGGGCUCCGAUCUCUGCAGCUUGACGCGCAGGCAGAGUGUUUGCCGGUUUUGCGGCACUGCCGCAGCUGCGCGCUGCUGGGGGACCUCUUCGGCGAGUGGAGCGCAGCACCGAAGCUCCUGGCGCAGUUUGUCGCUCUAGGCGCCGGCCUCAGCCAGUACUGCCCGCGAGCUGCGCCCACAGUCGCGCUGGUGCAGCGGCUGGCAGCACAGCUGCCGUUGGAGCCCCGGAGUUUGGAGGGCCUGCGCCGGCGCCGCCAGAUCCUGCUGGAGGCACUGAGCCGUGCGGGCCUGCAGGUGCUGGGGAAGCCCCGUGCUGGGGGCCACAUGCUGGCGAGACUGCCGGAAGACAUUGCAGAGUCCGAGUACUGCGAGGCGUUGGCACGGCAUGGUGUGCCGGCGCAGCAGGGCACUUUGCUGGGCUGCCCUGGUUGUGUGCGGCUCUGCUUCUCCUUGCGAUUCGACCUUCUGGAGGACUCCGUGCCGCUCUUUGCGCAGGCGGUGCAGGAGGUGCGGCGCAAGACCUUCAUGGUGAAGCCGCAGGCGGAGCCGAAGGAGCACACCGAGCCGAAGGUCCCAACGGAGACCGCGCCGGAGGUGACUGCAGUGGACCUGGCGCGCUCCAAUGAGGCAGUCGCUGGGCCUGAGGAGCCUUCGCCGCCUGAAGCGAAGGCGGCCGAGGAAGCUGCGGAGGCCAGAGAGGCCGGCACGGAGCCGAAGGCGGAGGAGACGAAGGCAGAGGAACCGAAAGUGGAGGAACCGAAGGUGGAGCCGAGCCCGGAGGCGCAAGUACCCCCAGAAGAGGAGGAUGCGGGGGAGGAGGACGAGGAGGAGCAGGAGGAGUCGGUGGCAGAGGAGAGCGCUGAUGCAGGCGACGUGGACGAGGACCUGGCAGUGGACGAGGCGGCGCUAGCCGCAGCCCAGCAGCGAGGCGAGGUGGCGCCCCUGGGCCCGCAGCUGCGCCGGAACCUGCGGGCCGUGGCGUGCGUGGCGCAGCUCAGCGGAGCCAUAGCCACGGAGCUGAUCGCCCAGGCGGGCUUCGAGCUGAUCAUCGUGGACCACGAGUACGGGCCCGGGGACUUCUUCUCCGCCGCGAACCUCGUGAGGUCCGCCGCGGGUGCCGGCGCCCAUGCGAUGCUGCGCCUGCCCUGUGCCGACGCCACGCAGGUCUACCGUGCGCUGGAAGCGGGCGCUGAAGGGCUGCUGCUGGGCCAAGUGACCUCGCGGCAGCAGGCAGAAGCCUUCGCACGGCUGGUGGCCCAUGUGAGCGAGAAGGCCAGGGAUGACGCCUACGUGGAGUGGCGCAGCUCGCCGCCGCCGCCGCUGGAAGAGGCACCGGCCCCGCGGCCCCUCGUGGCGGUGGAGUUGGAGCCGUCCUGUGCCAUUGCCACGGCGGAGGAGUUGUUGCGCGCAGAGGGGGUGGACCUUGUCAUGGUGGACCCGGAGCGCUGCCUUGAAGCCCUACUGGGGCAGUACCGCUCUGACGACCUUGGCGGCACUGGCUUCCCCCCGCGUGUGCCCGCGGCAACAGUGCCGGCGGGCUACACAAUGGAAGAGACCAAGGAGGGCGAGGAGCCCGAGGGCCCGCCCACGGCCACGGUGGCCGAGCCCUCCCCACCCCCCGGGCCACCCCCAGGGGCGCGGCGCACGGUCACCUUGGCGCUGAAAGCGCCGCAGCUCUCCACGCGAAUGCGCGCCGUGGGGGGCGCCGCGCCCCUGCAGGCGGCGGAGGCCAUGCAGUCCUUUUGGUCCUGCUUUGAUGCCUUGCCACAGGUCGCGCGGGACAACCGAAAGCUGAUCGGCUGCACGGCGCAUGCGCGGAACACGGCCUUGGAUCUUCUGAUACAGGGGCACUCUGUCGUCGCGCUAUGUGCAGACCUGGUCCUGCUGCGGGAAGGUGCCCACCGCCAUGCCAACGAGAUGAAGACCGAGAGGGCCGGGGCCGGCACCCGGCACUGGGCGGCGCCUUUGGAGUCCCAGCGGGCGCGGCUGGCCACCAGCGCCCUGGUGAGCCAACUGCGGCGCCACAAGAAGGCCUUGGCUGCCUUCCUGCACCUGGGGGAUGCCCUGGCAGCGGAAAACCUCUGCAUGGCCGGGUUCGAGGCUGUGGUCUUGGACCAUGAGCAGGGCCCCGGGGACCUUUUGAAUGCCGUGGGCCUGGUACAUGCUGCUUCCAGCGCGGGGACCCACCCGCUGCUGCGCGUGCCGAGCAAUGAUCCUGCGUAUCUCCGGCGAGCACUGCAGCUCGGAGUGGAGGGCCUGAUCUUGCCAAUGACGGAGAGUGCCAGCCAGGCUGAAGACUUCAUCGCCGCAGUGAAGAAGUCCUUCCCCUCGUCGAGCCUCCGCGGGGCAGGCGGCACCGCCGCGGCCCUGCGCAGCGCGGCGCCGCAGGCGGCGCAGUUCCUGCGCCGCCGCGAGGAGCUGCUGCUGAAGGCGGUGCAGGUGGAGACCGAGGCAGGGCUCGCGGCGGUGAAGGACAUCGCCAAGGUGGACGGUCUGGACAUGGUCUUCUUCGCUCCGGUAGAGCUGGCCGCUUCGGCCCCGCGGGGCCAGGAGGCCGGGCUACUCCUGGCGCUGGAGACGGCUGAGGCCGAGGUCAAGAGAGCCAAGAAACUGCUGGGAGGCAUGCUGGUGCCUGGACGAUCGGCAGAGCAGAUGUUUUCAGCUGGCUAUGACCUCGUUUGCACGACCAGUGAUGUGAUCCUCAUCCGCGCCGCUGCAGAGAAUAUCGUGAGGGAGUCGAAGCCGCCGGCCACCGGGCCCAAAGCUGGCCUGGUGCAGUGGGUGACGUCUGCCCGAGAGGCGAAGUUCGCCCGGAACGAGGAGACCCUGGUGAUGCGGCUGAAGAAAUCGCGCCAGGCGCGGGCCCUGGCGGUGAUGGCGCGCCUGGGCUCCGCGCGGGCGGCGGAGCUGGUGGCCUCCAGCGGUUUCGAGGUGGUGGUCCUGGACCACGCCAAGGGCGCCGAGGACCUGCUGGGCGCCGUGGGCUUGAUCCACGGGGCGGCCCGCGCGGGCGCGCAUACGCUGCUCCGCGUCCCGGCGCUCAGCCGGUCGCACCUGCGGCGUGCCCUGCAGAUCGGCGUGGAGGGCGUCAUCUUGCCGGGGGUGGAGACGCCUGAGGAAGCCCAUGCCCUGGUGGAGCUGUGCCUCUACCCCUCCAGGAAUCUGCGGGAGGACAGCCACUCCUCCGAGGCGCGCAUGAAGAACCAGCCCUUCCGGCGCAUGGACUUCAGCUUUGCCCCGCCGCUGGUGGAGUUCUACGGGCAGCGGGUGGCGGAGUUCACGCGGCGCCAGGGGGAGGCGAUGCUGAUCGCGGUGCAGGUGGACACACCGGCUGGCGCCGCCCGCAUUCGGGACAUCGCCAAGGUGGAGGGCAUUGACAUGCUCUUCGUGGACGCUUUGCGCCUCUCAGGCGCUGAUGUGGAACGCAUCGAGACCGCCGCCAAGUCGAGCAAAAGGCUGCUCGGGGGCUUGUUGGUGCCCGGCUGCAAGGUGGAGGACAUGUUCCGGGCAGGCUACAAGCUGGUGUGUGCCGCCUCGGACCACGGGCUCCUGGCUGAAGGUGCCAAAGCAUGCCUCCUAGCCGAGCGGCCCGCGGAGUAGGUCGACUGAAUGCCGGCCUGAUCGGAGACAGGAAACGCGGUCCUGCGGGCUGCAUGUUUAUCCGCUGGCCAAAGUGAUUCGUUUGGAGGUUGGCGCAGCACGGUCGACACUGUAUAUAGACAGCUGAGACUUCCUCGAGGUGGC